AUGGGUCCACUCAACGUCACGUUGAUGGUGCCGUUUGCACCACAGCUUAGCAGCGAAUGGCAAACAAGGGCUGCAUUUUAUGCUGCAAACCCAGCGCUACCACUGGCAGGAGCAUUCAGACAGCUGUUCCAAGAUGUAUCCCAGGCCUAUUUGGAACCAGCCCUUGGCAAUGUGAGAUACCAGCUGUACUUGAUCGCAAACGUGCAGGUGCAUCUCUUGGUGCUACCAAAUGGCGCUGCUGACGUUGACGCCGCACAAAUAAUGGCGAUGCAGGCAGGUGUGCCAUUGUAUGACACCAUUGUGAGUGAAAGAGGGUUUGAGAAAUUCAGUCUCGUGUGGAGGCAAUCCCUGGUGCAUUAUGCUGGUGCAAAGGUCAUAGCCAUCCACUUUCAUCCCGCUCUGUUGCAGGCGAAGCUAUUGAAGCUGUUUGAUUGUGUGUGUCCGCCAAGAUUUCGUCGUGUGCUCUCAAGAAAGGAGUUCCGAGAUUUUGCCGAUGAAGCAAGCAAAACAAGAUUGUCGUUGACCUACAUGGAUGCAAGGCAGCGCAGAACCCAGCGUAUUCUUGACCUCAGUCUGUGGUGCUGUGGGUUGAUUCAACCAGAAGUGGGCCCUUCCGGCGAGGUGUUGUCAGAAGACUUCGGCCUCGUAUUGAUACAGAGCAACCAGCGCGAUGCAGGCGCACCAAUGCGGGAGGUCGAAGCAUAUUUUGUGAGGAAUCUGCACACGAUUCCCAUCAAUUUGAAUUUCUGGAAACUAUGCACACUCACGCUGACCGCAUCGGAUGCAGAAGCUCUCACACGGUUCAUGAGAACUGGUGAUUUGCCUCUUGACCAAUGGAUCGCCACCCAAAGUGCAGCACGUGCUAUCACCCAGGGCGUUGUGCUUGUGAGUGGUACAGCCUAUGCUCAUUUUCGCUCACUCGAGCCCGAAGAGUCUCAGGGGUUCCUGCAAGAGGUUUGCGCUGCCAAGUUUGCCACAGGCGCACAGGCCUGGAGCAGUGCAAGUGAUGCACUUUUGGACCGCCAGCGACGUGUCAGAGACAUUGACGUUCAACCCGCACCUUGGGAGUCCAUGGCAAGCUCAUUUGGUUUGCGGUACAAUGCUGCAUUGUUGGAUGCGAGAAUGCGAAACGCAGAGCGUAAUGCGAAUAGCAUGUUUGCUGAACCAUUUCAAAUGCAAUCCUCCGUGCAGGAUGUGACAUCUGGAUUGUGUGGUGGAUUGGAGUUUGUAGUAUCUGCACCAAGUGGUCCCGCAGCGCCAUUUGCGUUUCCACAGCCUUCUGCUCCGCCAGCUACUGUGCUGAGCUCCAUCAAUCACGCAACACACGAACACCAGCCUUGCUCGGCUGCCAUUAGCGGCGUCAUUUCCAAGGGCCAGGCACAAGCUGCAUUUGAAUUCAUUGCCUGUCUGCGUGAUUUGGCAUACUCUUGGAAAGAGGACAUGGCAAAAGAUGAACGUGCUGCUUUCUUUCAUGCCAGCUGCCCGGAGGCUGCAUCAAGCACAGCCAUUGGUGGUAUGUUUCAUGCCACCUCACGAGAACUGUUCUUUCUCAAACAGGACGUUGAGGAUGCAAAGGAUGAAGGGCUGAAAGCGAAAGCAAAAUUGGAGGCACACCAACGGACAUUGGGGUUCGUACCCCGUCUGCGCAAUUGGUGGAAUCUGCAGUGGACGGGAAUGCGUUCGGAUCAGAUGAUCACUGAUCAUCUUGAUGAGAUUGAACUCAAAGAGGUGACAGCGACCUAUGAACGGGAGCGACGAGCUGGCAAUGUGCCUACACUUUUCACCACACAGGCAUCAAAGCCGGAGAAGGCACCUGUUGAACAAGAACACAUCUUGCCGAAUCAAGUGAACUCCGUACUUGGCAGAACAAUUGGACUGCUUCAUGCGCUGCUUGCAAAGACGGAGCCGCAAGAGUGCAGUGUACAAUCACUACUUAAUGCGAGUGGUGCAUUUGCGCAGAGGUAUGGCAAUGUGGCGCCCCAUGUCAUCAAGCUGCUGCUGAAAUUGUACGAAGGCCCUAUAAGAGCGACAGACAUUGUGGGCCUACGACAGUCACAGAAGCUCCUGGAGAGUGCUUUUGCGAUUGCCCCAGAAGCCGCGAGCAAGACACUGCAGAUGCUUGAAGCGCUCACUCAGCUACAUGACAUCAACUCAGGCAAGCUUGAACAGUGGGCUGUGGCAGCCCACUCACAAUUGAGCUCACAGGCAAACAAGCGCUCAAUGGUGUUGGCAAUGGUGACCGACUGCACGAUUUGCUUGAGGAUCAUGUCUGAACAAGACGUGGCGAACAUGCCCGUGCAAUGUCAAAAUGCGAUACUGGAGCAGAUAUUCUUCGUGAUCAAGCAUUCCACAAAUCACGAUGAGUUGCGUGGUGCGAUACGUUUGUUGGAUCUGUUCUUCAACAUCUUGCCCACCGCAAUCACAAGUGUCGCACCAGACUCUCGUUCACUGAAGGAGCUCCAGAACAAGUUCCGUGAAGCUUUUAGUUGCAACUCCAUUGUUGUUUGCACAUGCCUUGCAAUCAUGCGUGCUAGUACUCGCUCUUGCACAAUGCAUUCGAUACCUGGCAACAUCUUGCAAGCCCUUCCAACCAGCCUGGAUGCGCCAGAUCUAAAGGAAUGGACACAGAUGCAGGAGGACGGCUUGUACACAAAGAAAGAACUGCGCGAGCUUGACACGAGGAUGGACAUCAACCGUUGGCAAACAAAAGCCUUGCGCUGGCUCACGCAAUUGGCCGACAGAAUGCAGUUGCUGUUAAAACCAGAGCUGCUGGAGACUGCCUAUUUUGUCACAGACAACCUCGCCUCCGCAGAGCAAAAGACAGUUCAGCCAUUUGUUGAAGGAGCUUGUAGGGUGCAAGUUUCUGAUUCAGGUGCGGAGCGGUGCAAUCUGGAAGUGGCUAUGCUCACCAGACGGUUCACGCAAGCACGAGUGGCAACCGCAUCAAUACAGGACGUGGUCACAGAGCUGGGCGAUCGUGCGUACGCUACAGGGACGAGCGUAUUGCUCACUGUGACCACUGGAGUGCACACAACAGUGCGAUUCAUUGGCUUCUGGGACAUCAACGUCGACACUGGCAUUGCGACAUCCUCACAGGAUUUUGUCAUACUGCACGUUUCCGUGAUAGGUGAGCCAGCGAAAUCGGGAGGGGCAUCCUCUCAGUUCAACCUUCUGCAUGCAACAGCAGAUAUUGUCCUCGCCAGGAAGCUCAACGUGGUCCCAAAGAUGCAGCAUGGUGAAGUAGACACCAUCAAACCAGCAUCAUCGAGCACGGGGAGCGAGGCACUGCGUGCACUAGUUGCGCGCUCAGGCAGAUUGACAAGGUGGGGUGCAGAGACAGAACGAGCUUGUGACACCUUGCCCGCGUUGCAAGUACUGUUUGUGCCAACGGAUGCGCAGCGCAAGCUACUGGAAGAAAAGCAGGACAAGAAUGCGGUUCGCCUGAUCUUGAGUCAAGAAGAGGAGGUCAUGGCACGUGUGCUCGGCGGCGCUCAAAUGCACCUGACGGAGCAUACAGUUGAGGCGUAUCUGCGUGCAACAUUGCAUGCGAGAUGCCCAGCCGUUAGUCAGGACACACCAAAGAAGUUGGCAGCUGCAUUGCUCAACAAGUUCGAAGAAAAGGAUCAACCAGGCCCGCUCUAUUUCAUGAAGGCCAUGCCAGGUUGUGUGCACACCCUUGCGAGGGAAGCUUUCCUUGACCUGAGCGAGCAGCAGCUCAUAAAAUGGUUCAUCUGGCAGCUAUUCACGCUCACUGCAGUUGUUUGCCGCAACAUUGAGUUGGAAAGAGAGCUCGUGCCAUUUGCGCCUGCAAAAGGCGUGGACCUGCGUCAAUCAGUGCGUACGGCACUGCACAAUUUUGGCGGCCUCGUGGGCCCAAUCGAACUGGCAGGCGAUCUCAAAAGGCUGGCACAGCUGUACUCAAAGGUGAUGAGCAAGUCGAAGCUCAACGUGCAUGAAGGCAAUGACCUGGACAAGGUACUUGACAAGCAUGCUGACCGGAUUGGUCAAACUGUUGAAGGCCUUGACGGGGUGAACAAGCUUGAGAAUGCACUUAGGGUGCUGGUGAUGGACACAGCUGUCUUCGAUCCGAGCACCGGAGAAUAUGUUUCUCUGAUCUCCAGACAUGCUCGUUUGAUUGAGGAAACCACAAAGGACUGCAUCAGGCACUGCAGCGACUGCAUACAGAUACGAGAGGCACGUGACCAGCUAGCCAAGCUGCUACCUGCACGGCUGCUGCGAACGCCAUGGGAUGGCUCAGAGUACAUCUCUGUGAGGGACAAAGCAAAGAUGAGCUUGCCUUUGCAGUUGGUGUGUUUUCAACCACAAGAUGGCAGUGGUGAGAUGUUCACUACAGAAUUUGUUGAGGCGAUAUGCACAAUUGUAAGCACGCCCAAGAACACGGAUCUCGCAGUUGUCACAGAGGAGCCCAUGCUCAUGCCAAUUCUGCUGGACACGUUGCUUAGGCCACCACUGACCCAUGAGGAGUCCAUUGAUACAAUCACAAACGCACUGGCCAGCAUGGCAGACAAGCAACGUGCUGACUACCUCAGCUUUGCAGGACUUGAAAGUUACACGGCAACGUUGCGAGGAAAAGAUGAACCUGCAGUUCAGGCAGUUGCAACGGCAAGUGCAAUCUCGCGAGCCGAUGCAGGCAAAGCAUUCCAAGAGAAGGAUGAUGAUGAACUGCCAAUCCUUGCAGGUGCGAGCACCACAGAUGACUUUGUUGCUCGUCUAUGCAAUGGCUGCUCGACGUGUGGCGACUUCGAUGCCAAAUUCGUAGGUGACCAGCCAGAAGUUUAUGUUGACCUCAAAAUCACAGAAGGUGAAAGAGAUUGGUAUGUCAGGCAAGCGGACACGUGGACAAGGACUGCCAGGGCACUACUUGAGACAGAAUUGGACAGAGAUCUUCAGAGUGCUGACAUCGCUGAACUUGCCGAGAUCAGCUCACAAACUAGAGCUGCUGGCGCCAUACAGAUUGCAACGGCAUACACGACAUUGUUUCAGGAGUAUGACCGAGUUGCGUCCGUGUCAAAUGCUGAAGAGCUAUACUGA